AUGCCAAUAAUAGGUCACCGUCACCGGCAGCUUCCCACGUCGGUCUUGUCCGUGCCUCCGUAUAAGCCUCCAACAUAUGGACCUCCCCCCGACGAGACGGUGAGCGUGGCUGCGAUUGAUAGCUCCACGGCACUUCCCGAGAGCACAAGUACGAGCGUGUGUUCCGUGGUCAGGAUCACAGAAACCGUCACCGUGUUCGGUACAGGCUCGCCCGCAUCAUCAUCUGCUGGCAACUUCACUUCGGCCCCCUACGGGAACACCUCAGUCAGCACCUCUUCGUACCUUCUGACGGGUACCUCGGUUCCUUCAUCAGUCAUCGUGAACGUCACAACAAGCGCGCCCAUCUUGAACAUCACAACAAGCACACUCACCGUGAACGUUACAACAAGCACGCCCUACUUCCCCAUCUCCAAUUCGACCACCACAAGCGGGCCAUAUAUCACAGACCCGGGGCAGCAUGGGCAGAACGAGACCAGCUCUGCACUUCCCACUCUCAUCAACGCUACCAGCACGGACAACUUCACCAUCCUCCCUACUGAGACCUUGGCCCCCUCGAACUUCACGUCCUUCCCCAACAUCUCCACCCCUGAUAUCACGCCCACGCCUCUUCCAACGUCGGAGACGGUCUCUGCGAACUUCACCUCCUUUGCCAACAUCACCACGCCCGAAAUCAGUGUCACCACGACUGAAAUCACCAUCACCUCGCCUGAAAUCAGCAUCUUGCCCAUCCCGAACACGGAGUUCACAUCGUUCACAUCGUUCCCAAACAUCAGUAGCACGGCAUUCUUCACCAACUCGUCCCUCGUGGCCCCCACGAGCGUCGAGGAGCCCACAUCGUCGCUCAUAACGAUAACGUCCAUCAUCAUCCCCACGCCGACGACUGACAUUGACGUCAGCUCGACCAUAACGUCGCUGGUGAUCAACCCGACCCAGACUCCCAUCGACCAGGCAAACUCGACCGUGACCUCGGGCUCGACCACGCAGACGCUCGUCAUCGUCACGACUCUGCCGCCCAUCUCCUCGGCCAGCGUCGAGCCGACGGACCUGCCGACGACGGUCAUCGCGCCCACAAACACCAUCUCCGCGACCGACGCGCCGACCGGGACGCCGUCGCCAGAUGACAUUCACUGUGGCAUCCGGGGCACGGCCAUCGGCACGUAUUACCUCGCCACAUAUGCCUAUAACAAGGUCGGAGUGCCUGUGACAUUGCAAGGUUGCUUCCAGUUCUGCAGCUUCGCCGUCGAGAGAUGCUUCAGUUACUCGUUCUACCUGGAGCCCGGCCUGGGGGCCCCGAGGUGCAAGCUGUACGGCGGCCUCGUGGCGUACGAGGUCGACUCCAUCGACCCCUUCCAGCCGUACACGUGGUACGACGUGGCGUGCGGCGACCCAACUGCUUAA